AGGGGACAACAGCCUAGCAGAACAGCGAGGGGAAUAGUCCCAGCCACACCUAGGGACGCGGAGGACCAAGAUGGCAUCCCAGCCUACUAGUGGCUACUGCAUGUUACAGAGAUGUAGGCAGCCCCUCAGCUGUAGCCAGUGUCACUUUUGGUGAAAUCCAGGUUUUUAGAUGCAGCCCUUCAAAUGACUGAGUGGAUGAACAGAAGAUGAAGACACAAUUAAGCAGAUAUUGCAAACAGGAGGAUAUGUUUAAUGGAAGCAAGCUGUCAGGGUCUUGCAAUAACCAGUCCCAACCAAAAAUAUUUACCCUUGGGAUUGGGUCAUCAGAUUCCAGUCUCACAGUAGAAAAUUUGAAAAGGCUGGAAGAGGAAUAUGCAGCUUCUAAAGAAGCCUUCAAAAUGCAGAGAGUACAAGAUUAUAUUGAACAGACUGAUCUUGCUCUCUCUGACAAAGAGACAAGUAGGAGAACCAACAGAGAUUUUGUCUGUGAUGCAGAGCCUGAAGGAGUCUCCUCAUCCCCUCCUGCAAAACAAGAAAAAAUUACAACUGAGGUUCCUGAAAGAUCCCUGAAGAAAGGAAAGAUACUAACAGCACCAGCGACAUAUUCUCCGCCAGCUCAGCCCACAGGACCUGUGCUGAAGGAAUCCAAGCUGCUCUUCCGGCUGGGGAGGAAAAGGAGGUCUGAUUCUCCAGCCACAAUAAAUCAGCAUAAUACCACCCUUCACACCACCGACACUGCUGCAGCAACACAGAUUUACACCAGCUGGAGACGUAGCUCAUUCCUUUACCUCACAAAAAGCCGGAAAAAUAAAAGCAAGAACAAAUCUCCGCACUGCUGUUCUUCUGAGCCCAUAAGACAAUGUUAUCCUGAGGGACAGUGUUUUUUCCUCCUGUACCAGGAUGGAAAUGGUCAGGUUUACUACACAUUGGGCAACGUGGCUGUUUUCAUCACGUUCACCAAGGAAGGCCUGUUCACCUGUUGCAUGCAGAACAGCAGGUACCCAGGGAUGAGGCCUGCCUCUGGGAGCCAUGGUGAAAUUGACUUAGUGUUCCCCAGCCACAGCAAUCGUGUCUGCUUCAGUGUGGGGUCCCUGCUCAAGUUGAAAGACCCAGAAAAAAGUUACCUACUGAAGUGGCAAAAAAGCAAAGACGAGCUCCUCCUCCAGUAUAAAAAGAUUCAGCUCAGGAGCCUGCCGUCCAAAAAUCAGACAAUGUUGCAAUACUUUUGGCAAGCCCUUUCUCACUGA